AUGGCCAGCGAGACAAAAGUUGACAACGUUCGCAUCGCAGUCGAGAAGGAGCUCAUCGCCGAAGUCGGCCCGCAUGGACUCUCGUCGUUCUUCGUUACAACGUUCGUCCUCGCCGUACAUCUCACAAAUUGGGCGCCCGACGUGAUCUGGAUCGGGCUGGCCGUGUUUUACGGCGGCGUGGGUCAGUUCGUGGCGGGCAUGUGGGAGUUCAAGCGCGGCAACGUCUUCGUGGCCACCUCCUACUCGUCCUACGGCUGCUACUGGAUGGCCGUCGCCAUGCUCAUGCUGCUCGACAAACUCGGCCUCGCGGCUCCCGGGUUCGAUUCUAUGAAGGCGCUGGGGUGGUUCCUGACGGCGUUUCUGGUGUUCAACACGUACAUGACGUUCCUGACGCUGUUGCUCUCGAAGGUGGCCUUCGUCACCUUCUUCCUCCUCGAGCUCUUCUUCCUCUUCCUCGUCAUCGGCUGCUUCCGCAACGACGCCCCCGGCCACGGAUGGACCGCCGCCUCCGGCUACGCGCUGCUGCUCACCUCGCUCGCUGCGCUCUACAUGGCGGCGGCGUCGAUGUUCAACACGCUGGCCAACCGCACCGUGCUGUGGGGAGGCUCCCCCAUCCUCAAGCUCUCCAAGGGAAACUGA